UGUUAACACUAGCAUUACUAUCUCUGUUGUCCAUAGCCAUACCCCUUUUGUAGUUCUGUAAACCUUUACUUGUUUUUUCCCCUCUUUCCUUUUUGUAUUUCUUUACACAUCUUAGGACUCCCUAUAAACCGAUCUUCUACCAAUCUCUGUGAACCAAUAAUUGUGUUAGACAAUGUUUUUUCCAAAGUAAAUGAUGGGCUAUGUCUAGAGAUAUUUUCUGUCCUCUCUUACCAGCUGUUGAACACUCAUGCUACAAAGGGAGCUCUAAGCAUUUGGAGCCAAUGGGUGUGUGUGUGUGUGUGUCUACUGGUGCAAAGUAUGUUCUGUUACUAGAAAUAUCAUUGGUGACCUCAGGUACAACAAUAUAAGAUGAGCCUUUCUGGAUUAAACUGGAGGCCUACUAAACAGCAAGAAUGUGUCAGGGACAAACUAAUUCCUCACAUUUAAAAAUAAAUAAAUAUAGACACACAAUUUCCUCUACUGUGGGGAAGAUUUUGUGAUAAUAGGGUCCCUUUGGAAUCGAAUCAUUGGUCAAUGUGAAUGACAAGUGGGUUAUUUUACAAGAAAAUGCUAUCGGGGCAAAUGCAGUGUGAACCACACUCUGCUGUCAAAUUGAUCCAUCGAUUUGAAUCGCAAACUGAUUUAUUUGUAACUGGGAAUGAGGCCUCAGUCAGUGUGAAAUUGCUAUUUCCAGGCAGUUGAGGACAUAGCAACUUGUGUAUUGCUAUGUCUAGAAAAGACGAUGGUGCUGUUAGCUAUAUUCAUGAUCUCUUGGUUAAUUACAAGAUGUAUAGAUGUCCAAAGGGCACCCAGUAUUACUUUUGAUGUGGAGGCAAAUCUUCUAUGAACUGAUGGUAUGAACUUAAACACUCCUAUUUCUUGUUGCAACAUACCAGUGUCAUAAGUCUCUGAAUGGUUUGGUUCUUGUUUUACAUAGAUUCUCUCUUCUAGCCAACGAAGAGGUUAGGAUAAAGUUCUUCAUCACUUUCCUUUGCUAUUCCUCCUUGGGUCUGUACUGUCUAUUGGACAUUGUAAUGAUAGAAAGAGGCAUAAAGUUAUGGCUUGUGGUUUUUUAUUUUGCUCAAUUAUUUUUUUAUCAGUUUUGAUGAUUUCUGAUGCUAAAGCAAUGGACAGUUUGAAUACAUAAUUCUUUUGAACCAACCUUUUCAGUUCCCUUCUUGUUUAAUUGACAUACUUAUGUUCUUUUGCAUCCUAAAGGAUUUUGAUUGCCAUCAUUACGUUAAUCCUUGCUCUUGCUUUCCUUGAAACCCCUUCUUCGCUUACUGCCACGUCUGAUGUGCGACACCGCUCACGAGCCUGGGAGCCUCCUUGUGGCCUAACUGAGAGUAUUGAACUGCUAUGCUUCCUUGUUUUUAUAGUGGAUGUCUCUGUGAAGUGGCCUCACUGCUGUUCAUGCUUGUAUUGCCUCAUCAGAGUUACCUCAUAGGAUGGGAAGAAUUUCGAAAAACCAAGUGGUUGGUGGCAUAUAUCGUGGUGCUCAUAGCCUCACUUGCAGACUGGACUGUCUCUCUGAGCUCUUCCUGUGAUGAGUACAUGGCGAAGUCCUUCUGUUUACAAGGAAGCUUUGUCAUGGGAGAAUGGCAGAAGCUUAGAAUACGACGAAUCCUCCGACCCUUCUUCCUCCUUCAAAACUCUUCAAUGAUGAAAAAGACCCUGAAAAGCAUCAAGAGGACAUUGCCAGAGAUUACAAGUGUUAUGCUGCUAUUAGCACUUCACCUGUUUCUGUUUACCAUGUUUGGCAUGCUGCUGUUUGCUCGAACAAAGGAUACACAACAGGACAAGGAGUGGCAAGGGUAUUUCCAUAGCUUGCCUGAUUCACUGACUUCUUUGCUUGUACUGCUGACAACUGCAAAUAAUCCAGAUGUGAUGAUUCCCGCCUAUUCAAAAAAUCGAGCAUAUUCCAUUUUCUUUAUAUUCUUCACACUAAUAGGAAACUUAUUUCUGAUGAACUUGCUUACAGCAAUAAUAUACAAUCAGUUUCGUGGAUACCUUCUGAAAUCAGUUCAAUCCUCACUUUUCCGGAGACGCUUAGGAAUCCGGGCUGCAUUUGAAGUUAUGAGCUCUCUGAAAGAGACAUCGAUGAAUAAGAAUAUCUAUCGUGUCCAGUCUGAGGCCAUAAUUCAAGUACUCCUGAAAGUAAAAAUGGAUUCUUACUGUAAGGAAGCCAUAAUUGUGAAACUGGAGUCAUAUCCUCCAGGAGGACUGUCAGCUUCUCAGUUCCAGACACUUUUUGAUGAACUUGACACCCACAAAGUUAAAGAGCGCCCUCCCAUGCCAGAUUAUCGGUCACCAUUUCUACAGAGAAUUCAGCUUAUCUUUGGUCAUCACUACUUUGGGUAUUUAGGCAAUGCUGUAGCUGUAGCAAACCUUUUGUCUCUGUGUGUGGUCAUGGUAAUAGAAGCAGAUAAGCCACCUGCUGAGAGGGAUGACUUCUUUUUAGGGGUUAUAAACUGUGUCUUCAUCUUCUACUACCUCUUGGAAAUGUUGCUGAAAAUAAUAGCACUGGGAUUAAGAAGAUACUUGUCAUAUCCAAGCAACAUCUUUGAUGGUCUUCUGACUGGCGUUCUGAUGGUUUUGGAGGUGUCAACAUUUGCUGUGUAUGGAUUUCCUCAUCCAGGCUGGAAACCCGAAAUGUUAGGCUUGCUAUCUCUGUGGGACAUGGUCCGUCUAGCAAACAUGCUGAUUGUCUUCAGAUUUUUGCGCAUCAUCCCCAAUAUAAAGUUUAUGUCUUUAGUUGCCAGCACACUGCUGGAUUUAGUGAAAAAUAUAAGAAGCUUUGCAGGGAUCUUGGUGGUGGCUUUCUAUACAUUUGCAAUAAUUGGCAUGGAGCUGUUUCAAGGCACCAUUGCUCCCAUGGGGAACAUCAGUGGGGUCAAUAUAACAACUGGAAACACAACCUUCCAUUGUGGCACAUAUGAACAACUGGAGUACUGGCCAAACAACUUCGAUGAUUUUGCUGCAGCACUCGUGACUCUAUGGGAUGUGAUGGUUGUCAACAACUGGCAGGUUUUCUUGGAUGCAUAUUCCAGAUAUUCUUCUCCAUGGUCAAAAUUAUACUUUGUCACCUGGUGGCUGAUUUCCUCUGUCAUCUGGGUCAAUCUGUUCAUUGCCUUACUUCUGGAGAAUUUUAUUCACAAAUGGGACCGUCGGUGUCAUCGCCCAUCUCUCUCAGAAGUUGAAUACCAGAUGACAAUGGAACUCAUGUUCAGGGAUGUUUUGGAAGAACCUACAGAAGAAGAAUUGAUGGCAAAACUUCACCAGCAUCCACAUAUGCAUCUAUGCAGAUGACACAUGGGUGGAAACAGUAAUCCAUCCUAAUUAUACCUACCUGCAGGGCUGUGAGUUUUGCUUUUUUGCCAAAAGCAAGAUACUGGAAGACUUUGCUUUUGCUUUUGAAUGCUAUUGUAAUACAAAGGCCUUUAAGGAUUGCCACCUGUUAAUUACAACAAGGGAUGGGCAACUUUGGCAGGACUGGGGGCUAAUUUUAAGUCCUGAAAACGCACAAAAUUGAAGGUAAAAAUGUAAUUUUGAAGAUGAAAAUCUAUUUACAAUUUUUGUGGGGAGGCAACUGGGAUAAUUUGGGGAUAUUUUUUUAAAAAGCAAAAUUGCCAAUCCUGAAAGCUUCUAGAUGUGGCAAAUUAUUCUUUUUUUGCAAAUAUGUUUUUCUUAGUAGAGGCUGAAGGGACCUCAAGAGAGAUGCAGGAUAAGCCCACAAAAACUGCCUGGGAGCCAAAUGCCAUCUGUGGGCUCAACUUUCCCUACUUGAUUUAAAACUUUUUUUAAUGGCAGAUUUCACUUCAUUUUAAGUUGACUUUUAUGGGACCCUGGAAUUGUCACUAACAAAAUCUGACAGGUAAUGUGGCAGAGCAAUUAAACCAUUUUUAAAAAAAAAGAAAAGAAAGGGAAAUGUUUCAGUUUUGUUGCACCUUACAGUGGAAAUGAAUGGAAGAUGGAUGACCACUCUACUGGGUUGCUGCUAGAUUUAAAAACGAAAGAUCCUCCAAUAGGAUACAUUUUUGCCAGUAGUUGUUGUGUGUGAUGCCAGGGACAGUAAAAUGUUCUGGUAAGUGCUUGCUUUUUCCCCAAGAAGUAAGAAGAAAUCUUAAUGCUGUAAUUCAUGAUAGGAGUAAGAGACCAUUAUAGUGGCAUAUGCUAAAAUGAAGAAGAAUAUAAUGCCAGUAAUAAGAUUGGUGAGGAUAUUCUUGCAGUCAUGUAGUGCUCAUGCCUAGACAAUAAAUGACACAUUAUUUUAAAGACAAAGGGCACAGGUUAGAAUCCUGCCUGGGAGGGAGGGAAAGACAGAACUUUAGCUAUAGUUCAUAUUACCAAAAAGUGAACCAGCACUGCCCAUAUGUGCAACUUUUGGUAGAAUGCAGUUGAUGGUCCAUAGACAGGUGUCAAUCUGUGACUCAUUGUUUGCCAGUCCUCAACAAGUCUCCAAGAAACAAAUACAAAAAUAUGGCACAAAGAUGGUACCAGUCUGCCAUAUCUUAUAGCUUUGGAAGCAAUGCAUCGAAACAGAUGUUACGCAGUAUAGAUUGCAGGCACAGGGCCUUGAUUUGUGACCAUGGUGGAGCAAAAGAUAAAGGCUCCCCAUUCCUACACUCUAGGAUCCUCAAAACUUACUUUAGAGUAAAAGCGAAAAAGAAGGAAAACUGUUAUAUACAACUUUGAAGUAAUAUUUACUGGUAGUUUUGCUCUGUCAGUGCAGCUUCUCGAAGGUAAGUUGCUUGGCAGUUGCCAGGUGUAGGAAAUGAGUGGCUUGCAGGUGUUAUUGGACUACAGCUCUUAGCAGCCCCUGCCAGUAAUGAAGACGUGAAGGGAGUUGCAGUCCAAGAGCAUCUGAAGACCUGCAAUUUGCUACCCCAAUAAAUACAAAUAUUCAAAAGUCCCUACCCAUGCCUUAUGGAAAUGACUAACUUCUUGAUUUGGUUUUGCUGUUCUUGUUUUUGUAUUCUGUAGCAUUUGUAUAUCUUUCAGCACAGUUUGGGAGGUAGCUAUAUGGAAGCUGGCUUUCAUACAUACAUAACAUUGGCGUGUUACAGACCGCUGAAUUGCGGCGGUCUGCUGCCGGUGCCGCUUGCAGCGUCCGGGAGCUGCAGCUUCUAAACCGUGGAACUCCCGGAUGCUGUGAGGAAGGAGCGCGGAAAUCGCGCUCCUUCCUGGGCCCCGGAAGUGGCGCCGCAAAGCGCAAGGCGCACUUUCCCAGUGUCACUUCCGUCGCGACAUGUCUGGACGCUAGGCGUCCAAGAUGUCAAAAUGGUGGCGGCCGUGUGGAACGGCCGCCGCCAUUUGUUACGGACAGAGUCCGUAACAGGAGUAGGGGCGUCUAGAAGAGACGCCCCCUUUUUAAACUGGGACGUCCUAAGGACGUCCCAAAUGGCGGUCUGUAACCCGCCAAUGUUGGUUUGGAAGCCACACAUGCAAAUUGAACAUACAUCCCCAGGGAACAUCUCUACUGCAUUGUUGAUUUUAAGCUAAAGCAUUUCUGUCUUGCAGUAAGAAGGAGAGAAUACCUCCAUACAUUGUUUGCACUAGGCUGCUCAUUAUGUAUAUCACAUUGUGGAACAUGCAUAACUGGGCCCCUUCACACUGCACAAUUAGAGCAGUUUGAUAUCACCUUAACUAUCAAGUUCAGUCCUACUGAAUCCUGGAAUUUUUAGUUCCAUGAACUAUUUAGAAUUCUCUGCCAGAGAGCUUGAGUGCCUCCCCAAACUUCCAAGUCCCAGAACUCAAUAAGGUGCAGCCAAUGCCUGUUAAAGUGGAACUAAAACUAAAUUGUGAAAGAGCCCUGAAAUUGGUUUGGCUCCACUACAUUUUCAGUACAGCAAAUGGCAUUGUUACCAAAUGUUCCUUUUUUGGAUUGUGUCCCCUAAAUUUCCCAUGCUUUGCACAUGCUGUCUGGAGGAUUCUAGAAGUUGUAGCUGAAAAAGUAAAUAUGGCAAAUAGGAACAGGAAAGAGCACCUUGUUGCUGUUAGGAAAUUUCCUCACCAUCUGUUUCCCCUGAGCAAACAUACUGCAUUCUCCCGCUGGUUUAUUGACUACUGGGAUUAUUGGUCCUUUGUGUUUCAAGCAUAUGGUCAUUGCUCUAAAAUUACAUUUGGAACCUUGAGGUUAUUCAGAACUGUAACUUCCACUUGUGUCACAUAUAGGAAGGCUGGCUCUUAAAACCAUGUUGAGAUCAUCUGAAGUUACCAGAGGUACAAAAGGCAACUUGAAUCUCAUGGGACAAGGGUGGGAAACAUGAGGUCCAUGGGCUGCAGGUGGCUUUCUAAGGCUAUUUUUGUGUCCUGCACCCCUAAAAAUGGUCAGUUGCAUAUUAGAAAUCUUCAGGUGUGAACUGUCCCUCUGGGAUGUGGGUGUAGGAAUAAGGCUUGAUUUAAGCUAGAUGGGGCCUUUUUUAAUACUGAACGCGAAUAGGAAAAAGACUGGGAUCCCAAUAAUCAAAUAAUACAUAUAUUUGCAGCAAUAAUACAUAUAUAUGUAUUGGUUAUUUUGAUACAAAUUCUGUUAUGUAAAAGCUGGUUGUGGUUUUGCUACACAGUGUAUGCAAAACCUAGGAUAGCAGUGAUUUUAGAGUUCAUUACGAGAAUGCCAGAUAUGUAACUAUACUAUGGAGAAAACGUGUGCCUCAAGCUGAUGAUCAGGGUAGUGACAUCAUCCAACAAAUAAAUUCUAUUAUCCAUUUCUGUAAUUCCUUUAGUUAACAAAGAUUAUUGCAUUACCCUGCUAUUUUUUGAAUCCCUAAGUCUUUCUUUGCUUUCUGUCCUUUUUCUGAACUACUUCUACAGUGUUGUUAAGGAAAUUCCUGUGGCAGUAAAAGAGUUUCAACUAAGUGCAACCUUUUGGCCAUCAGUUUUGAUUAUUGGGAUCCCAGUCUUUUUCUUUAGACACUCUUAUAUGCAGUCUUGAUCUAAAUGGAAAUAGAUGAUACAGCUUAGGCCUCUGAGCUUAAUAAGAAGAAAUCCCUACCAGACACAUGAGUGUUGUCACUGGCUGACAAUUUAGAAGCCAAAAAGAUAUGGAGAAAAGAAAUACUGAUACAACAGAAUGUCUUGGCAUGUCCAGAGAUCUUAGAUAAGUUAGAUUUUGGGUUACAACUCCCAGAAUCCCCCAGCAAGCAUGUGUACCGGCCAGGCUCUGCCCUUUCCUCUAAAUUGUCUGCCAAACUAUUUGUGUACCAGAAGAACGGAGUUAAACUAUUUGGGAAAAGUAACCAUGAGCAGUCUUCCAUAUCAAUAGCCAUUUUACUUGCUAUAAUCUUCAUUCUCAUUGACACCUGCACAGGAUCGUACAUUAUCCCCAUGUUUGUAUUUACAAGAGGUAUUUACAUGCAGGUUGCAUUUUGAGUUCAGUCACAUGGCAGAGUCUUGGUCUGUAUUACAUCAUACAUGGGUAAGAGGCUGUAUUUUUUAAUGUUCACCUUCACCCUCAGUUAAAUGUGUAGAUCAUGGAGGUAUACAUCAUGAAGAGUAGUUCCAACUCAAGCCUUCUCCUUGCAUGCUAGUUUUAUUUGCCUGGUUUUCCAUUUAUAAUUCUAUCAAGUGAAAUGGCUACAAUAAACAUAUAGAAAUGUUGCCACCGUUUCUGUAUACGCCUUCAUCAGAUUAAUGGGAAAUAGGCUACAUGUUUUCUUACCUUAAUUUUAUUCUGUUUGCCUCUUGAUUGUAAAAUGUAAAUUGUGAACCUGAUACUUUACCUGAAUCUUUUACCAUCUUUAAGUGAAUUAAGCAUUUUUGUUGUAUUUAUAAUACCAAUUGGGGCUCUACAUAUAUUUCUUUCGCGUGAGUUUUUUCUUUCUUUCAGUGUUGCAGUUUACCCUGUACAAUGUGUUCAGUUUACCAAUGCAAUAUAAAUUCCAUAUCCUUAUAACUGUUUUAAUAGCAAAACCACUAAAGUAUAUAUUUUAUAGCUUUUUAUUGCAUUUGUUCCAUAAAAAGUACCAUAAGAUGUUAUCAGUACAAGUCAUUUGUACUUGUUAAUACAGAAAAAUAUUUUUGAGACA